CGAGCAAAACAACCGCCGCCAGAAGAAAGAGGGUGGGGGGAGAUGUCAAACGUCCGUAUUUCUAAUGGGAGCCCUACCCUGGAGCGCAUGGAAGCCAGGCAGUCGGAGUACCCGAAGCCGUCAGCUUGCAGGAACCUCUUCGGGCCGGUGAAUCAUGAAGAGCUAAACAGGGACUUGAAGAAGCACCGCCAGGAGAUGGAGGAGGCAUGCCAGAGGAAGUGGAAUUUCGAUUUCCAGAAUCACAAGCCGCUGGAAGGCAGGUACGAGUGGCAAGCCGUGGAGAAGGGGAGCUCGCCCGACUUCUACUUCAGACCCCCGAGGCUACUGAAAGCUGUCUGCAAGUCCGCCGGUCGCCAGAGCUUGGAUGUAAACGGGAAUUGCCAAACCGUGGUUUUUGUCGGUUCUCAGGGAAUCUCAGAGGACACUCACUGUGUAGAUCAAAAGACUGAUAUUUCUGAAAAUCAGACGGACUUUGCAGAGCAGUGCACUGGGCAAAGGAAAAGACCUGCCACCGAUGAUUCCUCUCCUCAAAAUAAAAGAGCCAACACAACAGAAGAAGAGGUUUCAGAAGACUCCCCCAGUGCCAGUUCAGUGGAGCAAACACCCAAGAAAUCAAGCCCAAGAAGACAUCAAACGUAAACCGUUUAG